AUGGCGGCUGAUGACAUCUCCGCUCAGCACGUACCGCCAGUCUCGGCGAACGGAAACUCCCUCGUCCAGAGCGACGAAAGGACGCCGCUACUGAGCAAUCAGAAUGAGAACGAUAUCUCGGCCGAGGAGUCUCCGCUGAUCAGCAAUGACGAAGAGCAGAUCGUCAUCGUCGAAGAAGUGAAAGGGUUUAAGCUGUGGCUCAUCCUCUUCACCUGCUGGAUAGGCGUGUUUCUCGGCGCCAUCGACUCUACCAUCAUUGCCACCCUCUCAGCACCCAUCUCUAGCGAGUUCCAGUCCUUGAGUCUAUUAUCAUGGCUCGCAACUGCUUACUUCAUCUCAAAUGCUGCCUGUCAACCCAUCUCCGGGAGGCUGACGGAUAUCUUCGGGAGAGGCCCCGGCCUCGUCUUUAGCAAUGUUUUCUUUGCUGUCGGCAAUCUCAUCUGUGGUCUCGCGGGGGACCAAAGCGUUAUGAUCUUUGGACGAGUUGUCGCUGGUAUUGGAGGCGGUGGUCUUAUGUCCAUAUCCACUUUUCUUGGUACCGAUCUCGUCCCUCUACGAAACCGAGGCGUCAUCCAAGGGAUCGGUAAUAUAUGCUAUGGGGCCGGGGCCAUGCUUGGUGGUGUCUUCGGCGGUUUUGUCAAUGACAACUCUUCUUGGGGCUGGCGUCUGGCUUUCUUGAUUCAGGUUCCCCUAGUUCUGGUCUCUGCGUGUCUAGUUGCCUAUCUUGUCCGCAUACCACCCAAAGUAUCAGAGAAGUCAUACCUAGCUCGCAUCGACUUCACAGGCGUAUUUUCACUCAUUGUGUUUCUGGUCCUGUUGCUGCUCGGCUUGAAUGCCGGUGGGAAUUUGGUCCCAUGGAUCCAUCCCCUGCCGCUGACUACUUUGCCGCUUUCGCUAGUAGCGUUUAUUGCUUUCAUUCUCUGGGAAUCCCGCGCCAAACAACCCAUCAUUCCGGUACGCCUCCUUCUAGAUCGGACAGUUUUCACAGCCUGUAUGACGAAUUUGCUAGGCAUGAUGAUAAACAUGAUGGCUCUCUUCUAUGUCCCUCUUUACAUGCAGUCUCGCGGAAGUUCUUCGACGGAUUCUGGGGUAGUAAUCCUUUUUGCACCUAUCGGAAUAUCUAUCUGUUCCAUUGGAAGCGGGCUCAUUAUGAGGAAAACUGGUCGAUAUGGUACGUGCGAGAAAACUCCGUCUCCGGGUCUUCGAAUCCCUGCUCCUCAUAUUUACAUCCAAUUUGUCUUGUUGUCUAGUGCUUUAUUCGGUGUAUAUACUAACUGUGCAGUAUUGGCCUUAGGUAUCUUUGCCGUAUUACUCCAGGUCGCCUCUGUCGUCAUCCUCACAACUCUCGAUGAGAACUCUCCAGGAUGGCACCUAAUGAUUGCGUUCCUGCUUCUUGGUUCCGGCCAGGGAGGCAUGCUUACUAUCACGCUUCUAGCUUGUUUAGCAGCCGUAGACCACUCCCACCAAGCUGUAGUUACUUCCGCUACUUAUGCAUUCCGAUCCGUCGGCGGAACGGUCGGCGUUACGAUCGCAUCGGCCAUCUAUCAAAACGUACUUAAAACUGAAUUAUGGGGGCGAUUUGGCGACCUACCUGGGGCAGCGGAAGAGAUUCAUAGAAUCAGAGAUGAUUUAGACGAGUUGAAACACCUCCCCGACGGCUGGUACGACGGUGUCAUAGCAUCAUUUAUGGAAGCCUUCAGGAGUGUAUGGCUUACAAUGUUAGGGCUGGUGCUUCUAGAGCUUGUUUGCAUCUCCUUAAUGAAGCAGCAUAAGCUACAUUCAACCUUAUCUCGCAGUGAGAGGGAAUAG